AUGAGCCAAAUCAUGCGGAAGGACUCGUCGAUUAGCGCCGCCAGUCAUCGGCAGCAUCACCGUUCCAUCGACAUCGGCGGCGGUGUCGGUGAGUCGUCGAUCGUCGAGCGCGACCGUGGACCACCACGUUCCGCUCCACCCACUUCCGGCGGCGCAAAGAUGGCGGCCGUACUGGAGAAACCGCGCACCAUCAGCGACAGCGAGUCGGAGAUCAACUACGAUCUGUUCAACACGAGCAUCCACUCGGACAGCGGGUCGGUGGUGAUGAAUGCGUCCCAGCUGUCCACCACUUCCUGCGAGUCGGCCGCGGUCCACAUCAAGAGUGCCAACCUGACGCGCUCCCAGAACGCAUCGAACGGGUCCUGUCGAUUCCCGAAGCUAGAAGAGUGCGCCCACUUCCACUACGAGCGGGUCCAGCUCGGCAACCUGUCGGUGCAGCUCGAGGGCGACGAGGGCCGCAGUGACUCGCAGCUCGGUCUAGCGCCAUCCGAUCUCAAUGCUUCGCAGGCUCCGUCGCUGGCGAACUCGAUGACGGCGUCCGGUCCGGCGCUCCCGAAGGGUUCCGGCAACGUGUGGUUCAUCAUCCGCGUGACGGCGGGCCGCUCGGAUCCGUUCAUGAUCAAGCGAUCGUUUGAGAACAUGUGCUUCCUGGACGAGAUGCUGCACCGGUGCGUGUACGAUCGGCGCGUCAGCGAGCUGGAGAACCUGCGCGACGGUCCGCCGGACGGCGGUGAGGCGGAACAGCAGCUGGAAAGGAUGGUCGGGGCGUACCUUGGGCGGCUGUCGAUGAUCGCGUCGGACGCGAUGACUUGCGGCCCGGUGCUGACGUGGCUGCAGAUCGACAACAAGGGCCGCCGGUUGCCGGUGGCCGACGAGCAGACGAUGCGGUGCAUCAACACGCCGGCGGUCGGUGCGGCGUACGGGGUACGUCGGUACGUGGCCCAGGCGUGUGACGAGAUCUCGAUCGAGGUGGGUGACAUGAUCUCGGUGAUCGACAUGCCCAGCCCGGCCGAGUCGAUCUGGUGGCGGGGCAAGAAGAGUCACCUGCAGAAGAACCAGUACGAGGUCGGAUUCUUUCCGCAGAGCUGCGUGGCGACGAUCGGCGACAAGGUGCCGCGGCACAUGCCGUUCCCGGCGCCGCUUGUCGGUUCGCUGGCUGUGUCGCCGACGAAGCCGGUGCUCCGGAAGCACGGCAAGCUGAUUGCGUUCUUCCGCAGCUUCAUCUUGUCGCGCCCUUCGCGGCGCCGGCUGAAGCAGAGCGGCAUCUACCGGGAGCGCGUGUUUUCGUGCGACCUGGGCGAGCACCUGCUCAACAGUGGCCAGGACAUUCCGAUGGUGCUGAAGUGCUGCGCAGAGUUCAUCGAAGAGUACGGCAUCGUGGACGGUAUCUAUCGGCUGUCGGGCAUCACGUCGAACAUUCAGAAGCUACGGCGAGCGUUCGACGAGGAGCGCAUACCGGACCUGGCGCACCCGGACAUCCGGCAGGACAUUCACGCGGUCAGCUCGCUGCUGAAGAUGUACUUCCGCGAGCUGCCGAAUCCGCUGUGCACGUACCAGCUGUACGAUCACUUCGUGGAGGCGAUCCAAACGCGGCUCGACGCACCGACCGGCCUGAAGCUGCGGCUCAUCCGGCAGACGGUGCAGAAGCUGCCGCCACCGCACUACCGGACGCUCAAGUAUCUGGCGACGCAUCUGUUCAAGAUUUCGCGCCAUUCGGCCAACACGGGCAUGACGGAGCGGAACAUUGCGAUCGUCUGGGCACCGAACUUGCUGCGAAGUCCAGCCCUGGAGUCGGGCGGUGUUGCCGCGCUGCGGGGCGUCGGAGUGCAGGCCGUCGUUACGGAGUAUCUGAUCAGCAACUGUGAGCAGAUCUUUGACGACACGGCGGACGACUUCGGAAGCCACUACGUCGAGUCGCAGCCGAACUCGCUGAGUGACAGCAACAGCGUGCAGAACUACGCCGGCAGCGGUGGCGAGCAGCAGGAUCUGUCGCUGACCCUGUCCGAGCGUCCGAAGAGCCUGAGCGGCGGCGGGGCCAAGUUGCUCAGCCUGGAGGAGGCCCGCAUCCGGCGGAACUGUGUGGAGCAGAGCGAAAAGACGGUUCCGAUCAACAUUGGCACGUCGACGCACAUCGGGUCGUACAUUGAAGUCGGUGGCGGACCGUCCAGCUUGCCGGACAAGUAUCACACGGUGCUACCGGUUCCAAGAAGCUGGAAUAAGCGAAAAUCGCAUUCAUCGUGGAAGUCCAUCUUCACCCGGCAGCCGCGCCAAUCGAACAGCAACAGUGACAUCAAGGCUGCCGGCGGGGGACGGGCACCGGGCGAGAAGGGUGCCCCAAUGGUGAUGGUACUGCCGUCCGUGGCGGAUGCCUCCGGUGCGUCGAGUCUGGACGAGAGCAAGGAUGACGCGGACGAUCGCCGCCGAAGUGUCAGCAUUAAGGAGAGUUCCAGUGGACUGCUGGACAAGAUGGCGAAAAGUUUGCUGUUCUCGUCCGGUGUUGAUUUGUUCGACGGGAAAAAUCUGGCCAUCGACAGUAGCUGCAUGCGCUCGAACUCGGUCGACAGUCUGCGGACCGCCGGCCACAGCCGUUCGGUGUCGCACGAUUCGUACUUUGAUCUGCUGCAGUCACCGAUGCGCGGUGGAACCGGAACGGCCGGUAAUAAUGGUGGUGCCGGUGCAGUGACGUGCCCGUCCCGUGAGCUCUCCGAACUGGGACUGAACUUUGACCGGGAGGAACCGGAGAUGAGAAUUUUCUCCGAAAGCGAAAGCCUCGUCAGUAGCCCGAAAGUAGCCAAGGAGUCGGUUCGGCGUACGCUGCGAGCACGGCCGGAAGAUUAUGUCGGCAGCGGCCACAGCGUGAACCCCAGUCCCAAGAAGCAGCCCCGUCUGAACAUUCCCAGCGCCUCGGAGGCACAAAACAAACAGUGGGGUGCGUGCGAAAGCUCCGCCGGUCAGCAGCAGGACGACGAGAGUCUCUGCAAACGCUACAAACUGGAAGACCAACUGAACGAUAUUCAGUUCAUCGACUGUAACACUCCCGAGCACACGGUGAUCGGUGGCGGCGGUGCCAGUGCCGGAGGGUCCGCCGCUUCCAGUGCGGGCAUGAUGAACACCAUUUUCACGAGCGCUCAGGUGCACAGACCUCCGCGAGAUGAUCGCGAUGACCAGGACCAGGACCAGGGGCAGUCGUCGUCGGUCGUAGAGAUGGUGGGGCUCAGGAACUCCUAUCCAGGGACGCAGUACGGCUACGUAAAGUACGAUACCUCUCCGAUCAAGGAGACACGCUUCAGUUAUCCCGGUUCCGGUGCUAAGGGAAAGAGGGAAGACGCCCCGAAUGCCGGCGGCGCCAAGGUUCAGUCGAUGAACGUCGACGAGCACCCGCAACCGGCGACCAGCGUAUCGCCGGUUUUGAAGAAGAACGAGAGUUCCUUGUACGAGAGUUUUCUGCUUACUUCCGGUCAAUCGAAACCCCCGAAAUACCCUGGCCGUUACAGCUACCACCAACCGGUGACGGCGACGGCGGCGGCGGCAGCAGCGGCUCGCGCCGACGGCGGUGCUGAUGGUGAGUUGGUGCCGCGCAGUAGUUCCGAGAACUUGCUGCGCCGGUCCGCGACGGAAUCACUUUCGCAGGCCCAUCACCACCAUCACCAUCAUCACCAUCACCACCCCGCGUCCCAUCAUCAUCACCAUCAUGGGCACUCGAAACAGAACACACCAUCAGCACCGUCUUCGAAGCAGCUGGGAGUGGUGGUGGCAUCCGGUGGCCCCGGAACGCCGCAGUCAUCGGGCGUACCGAGCCCCUGCUACUCGCUGCUGAUCGGUUCGACCAGCUCCACCGAUACCACCACGGACACCACCACCACCACGACCAGUAACGGGCCGGGGGGCGACGGUACGCCCGUCUACGACGAGAUGGACAUUGCCGGCGCGCUGGUGGCCCAUCUCGAGCUACAGAAUGCCAAAGAGUGCGGUCCGCUGCCGACGCCGGCGCCCAAACCAUCAUCGAAGCGGUCCGCCGAUCUGAAGGCGAUGAAACGGGAACUGUCACUCGAUCUGAGCGGGGCCAGCAACUCGAAGCUGACCGCAUCGAACUUCACGUCGGAUAACACGACGACGACGAAUACCACCAACACUAGUCAAUCGAUGACUCCGAGUGAUUUCGCCUACCAGAACCUCCAUCCGGACCUCUCGCCGAACGGCUGCACGGUGCAGGCAGAUGGCAGUGCGGCGACGGCGACGGCACCGGUGGAGAUGGCCACAUUCGGGCAGAAACCGAAACCCGGCACACCGAUCAAGGCCACCAUCAACAUCACGUACAACGUGCGUUCUCCGGUGCGCAAGGAGCAGGAAGGCAACCUGUUUGCCGUGACGCCUCCAACGACCCCACAGGAACGAGCCUCCCGGGGGAUGGGCAUGCUGAUGGGCCACGACGAAGAGCUGAUCGAUGAGGAAGAGUAUCGGCGCGAACGGCGCAGCAUCUACGAGAACGUACUCGUACCGGCUGUGGACAAAGACGAACGGGAAAAUGAGUCAGCAAUGGCCACGUCGGAAGCGGUCGCCGUCGCCGGGGCUGAAGCAAAACGGUUGCUAGAGACGAACUUUGACGAAACGAUGGUAUACGAGCAGGUGAAGCUCCUAAAGAACGUCGUUUCCGAGGUGAAUCAUCUGGUGCGACAGGAAGAGGGACCGUUGCCGUUGCGUGACGACAGGCCCCACGAGGUACCGGAGUUGGAAAGCGCCCGUUCCACCGAGGAGGAUGGUCUCAAUAACAAUGCUACGGCGGCGUGUGGUGGAAGCGUCAAGCUGCAGCAUUGCUGCGAAGAUGAAUCGUUGGACAGCAGCGCGCCAUUGGCAUCGGCUGGUGGAACCGUCGUGAUGGAAGAGGAAAGCGAGGAUGUGCCCAUGUCGGACGUGAACGAAGACAGUCUCGAGUUCGACAACACGGACGAUCUCUCGCUGUACGAGAAUGUGGAGUUGCGCAAGAAGAACACGUUUCCGGUGUACGAAAAUGUUUCGCAAGGACGUAUCCCGGGAACGGCAGCUAGUACAGGAACGCUCGAUGGACAAACGGACACGACGGCCCCAAAGUCGGCGCUACUUACGGACAACGAUGAUGAGUUUUCGUCACUCUGUGCCGAUCGGAGCGAUCUGGAUAACGAGAUGGAGUACCGGAUCGAGGUGGCCCCGAAGAUUGAGCUGAACCGAGAGUCACCGACGCAGAACGUCAGCGUGAAGCAGCUGGCCACCAAGUUCGAAACGAGCCCGGUCGAGGCGGUGGCACCUCCGUUCGAUUUCGGUGCUACGCGCGGUGGCCAGCAUCACUUUCGGUCCUCGCUAACGUCCGGCGCCAGUGAUCGUGUUGUGUUCCGCAACAAAGCGGGCGCGGCCAAUGGAACGGCCACGGCGGGCGGUGGUAAAGAUGGCACCAGUGGCAGCGGAGCGUUUGCCAGUUUCACCCGCAGCUUGGACGAGAAUGCGUUCGUGCGUGAGUUUGGUAGCGGACGGCGUUUGGAAGGGUACGUGGCGGGCUUAACCAAGAGCAUUGCCCAGAUUCCGGAAGUGGAGAAGAACAUUCUCAACGAAAACAAUCCGAACCGGAGGAAAUCGCUCGAACUGAACGCUGGUGGCCGGCCACGCAGCCUAAAUCAGCCAAAGAAACUGCCACCCCUAACCGGAGCUGGUGGCGCCGGGUCUCCGACCGGGGUGGAGAAUGUGGACAUCAGCCAGGGUGGUGGCGAAACGGAUGGCGGGAAGGGCACGAAGCCGCAGCUCGGGUCCGAGUGCUGCAGGGUGGUGAAAGGAAUCGCUGGUGGUUAUAAGCAGAGCGGUGCUCCGCUGGGAACCCAGGACCCGACGGUCGCCAACAUGAAGCUUGAUCUCUCGACGAAGAUUGAAGAUACCAAAGAGGCGCGUGCCUACAAUGUGCGCAUCACGCCAACCACCGAAAACCGGAUAUCGCUCGUCCAGUACAACUACGCCGAAAAUGAUCGGGAAGCGAACAUGAUAAACGUCUGCGAUGGUGGCGAACCCGUGCUCGUCCGGGCGACCGGUCGCCGCAGGGACGACAGCGUUUCGGAAGAGGAGCGACACAGCAGCGGACUGAAGAUGUUGGGCAGCUGCAAAUUGGACCGCUCGAGGAUCGAGAAGAUCAAGGAAGAGCGGCGGCACCAGUUAAGUGAAAAGUAUCGCUCGGAGUCGUUCAAGGGCGAGCGAGAUUACGGUGGAGCCGGUGGUGGGAAAGCCAAAUCCAAAUCGAAAUCGGAACUGCGCGAAUUCAAGGAAGGUGACGUGGUGGCCGAUCGGGGUGACAAGAAGUACGAUUCGCUGCGUUUUCGCUCAAAGUCCCGCGUCGAGCUCCUGUCGUCGGAUGGACUGUUCGGAGGCCUGCUGGAAGGUUCCGCCAACCCGGGCCUGUUAGGGUCCGUGUCACUGAAUACGGUCACUAUGGCGCAAAACAGCACCCCGACGAUAGUGGGCCUUCGGCCGGUACCCAACAAUCGCACGAGGCGCAUCAGUGACGAGAAGAAUCAAAACGACAUACCACCACCACCACCGCCAGUCGUGGUGGGAACGGUGGCGAUCGGUACGACCCACGCGGGAUCACCCACUAACAACGGCGGUGGUCCGAUCAGUGAUGCCACAAUCUCGCAAGUGUGCGACAACAAGUUCGAGCUGAAAACGCGUCAAAAGUUUGACAAACGCAGUAGCAUGGACUAUCCUCCAGCGGGACCGACGGACGGUCAGCAGAAGGAGCCACACCGGGAAACGCCGAGGAACAGUUUCAACAAUGGCGGCGCCGUCAAAGCUCAAGUCAUCGUUACGCGUAGCAAUUCCAACAGUACACAACGAGACCGUUGCUCACCUCCCAUCUCGAUCAAGGACGUGGCGGCCAUGUUCGAAUCGCGAUCGCAGCAAAACCAGUCUUAACCAGCACGAGCCAUCGUUGUUAACCGGGAGUGCUGUGGCGACAGCACGGGUAGCAAAUUUGCAGUUAUGAUUGAGACAUUUGCGCGGCGCCGAAUGUUGAUUCCAGUUAUUGCGAUACAUUAGAAAAACGCUACUACCAUUACGGAUUUGGGGAUGGACUAGGAACCAUUAAGCAACUACAAACACAACCAGUCUGUCACUGAACAUCCUCUCAGGCACGGGCGGUGGGACACGGCCGAUGGCGUGGACAUUAGCCUCCCCGUUCGAGCCUCAUGUAACCGAAACGCAAAACGAUUGAUUUUUGUCUAUCGACAUUCUUCUCCUCUUUCCAACUAAAUCGUUUCUUUUGUGAAUCGAUACUCUAAACUGUAGCAAAAUGUGGCCAAAAUGCGAAACGCAGAACAACCGCUUAUGAAUUUAUGAAGAUUUCUCUCAAAAGCAUUUCUCGGCCUGUCGACACCAAUGCCUGUCGAAUGCCGAUAAAACACCGAGUCAAGGUGUCAAACGAAUCUAAUAAAUACGUUGUAGAGCCUAAAGAAGGGGCAUCCAAAAACGGGAUGCAAAAUGUGUGUGAAUUGCCGGGCUUUAGGUAUCAGCGAAAUUUAAACAAAAAUCGCCGAUAAACUACUUACUCUUCCGCUAACCGACGCCGUAACAUGAGUUGUAAAUACGUUUUUAUGCUUAUACGGAGAGUGUGUUAUGGAGCGUAUCGUUUGAAUGGCGGCUGCAAAAAGUGCAUUUUGCUGUGUGAUGGAGAAUUUAAUGCAUAUAGGAAUGCGUGUGUUUUGAGUAUGAGGUUAUACGUUUAAGUACGUCGAGGAUUUGUUUCUUUUUUUGUUUCCCUUUUAGCUGUUGGUUUAAAAUGUUUAUAUUCUCGAUCGGGGAUGGAGCGUGCUAAAGUUGUGAGUUCUAUGAAAAACGGCUCACCAGACAUUGUUGGGCAAAUAUUUGGCAAUUUGGCUUUACUUUUAGACACGUUUAAUGUUAUUUUCUUUAUAUAGUUAUUGACAAAAGUUAUCUAUUUUGCUUUGCUCAUACGGUUAGUGCAAAAAACGGUCACGGUAACCGUUUCGCUACGCGUCGCUUGCAUCAAUUGAAUGUGGUUUCGUUUUUUAACUAUUAAUUCGUUAAUAAUGCGCAUGAGAAGGAGCAUAAUGAACCUCUAGCUGGUGGCUCUAGCUUUUAAGAAUGAACGAAGAUUGACACGAUUUGAGGGGGUAUCGCACGGAAGGUAAAACAAAAUCAAAGAUUUCAGUCACAGUCUAGAUAACAGAGCGAACGCGGGGACCGACAAUAAGCAGCCGAAAUCGAAUCGAAAGUAAAAUGAUAUACAUUAGAAGAAGGUUUGCAUUAUUCUACCGAUGUUCAUGAUAGGCAAAAUCAAAUAAGCUCCCAAAACUUCCUCGAAUGGUUCGCAAAAAAAAACAGUUCAUGGCCGAACCUAGGUGGAAACGUGUUCGUUUUUUCCAGUUUUUGAAUCGAUACGAAAGUUCCACAGUUUUAUAACAUUUUGAACAUUUUGUAAAGUAAAAGUUUUGCAGUUUCAUCCGAGACUAGGAUGCUGGCCCUCGCUAGGAAUAGAGAUGAUUGUUAAAUUAACGCUUUUGAUAACACUACAUGCGGACGGUGCACGAAUUCGUUUACAAAUCGCUAGGAACGCCAAGAAGCGAGCAGCAGCAGGAGCAUUGAAGAUACCCUUCCCUUACUCGUCAUUCUGAUGUUGAAGAUAUUUGAUUUCACUUGAACGCUUUUUCCCAAACAUCACACACCGGCCACGUAGCGCUGGCCCGGUUUAUAGUAUGCCUGUAAAUAUAUAAUCUGCAGAAGAAUUGAUAUUAAAAAACAAACUUAGCAUAAGUAAUCCGCAUGCACUUUUGUAUUUAUAAAGCAGACCUGCGGACACCACUUAUCCCAGGCUGGACUCUUUCCCGUCAACCAAUAACGGCCGUGCUUCGGUGGGUAGAAACAGAAUGAGAAAUAUUAAAAUAGUUGGGCUUGAUAAUACCGAGCACAACUGAAAUCCUCCUGUUAAGUAAAUUCGCGAUGAGACGUAAAAUACAUGACUCUAACUAGGAUUCAUCAAAAGUACCGGCAGUGAUAGCAGAAUGGUGCGGAAAGGAUCGUCACAGAGGAUGGCUAGAACAGAUAUUCUGAAGCAACAUAAGCUAAGGACAACCGGAUACAGAAACUACGGUACAUAAUCGCUUGUUUCAUGUCCCUUGUUUUAAUGCCCACCGCUAUAAGCCCAACGCUACAUCUACAUCACAUCCCAGAAUGUAACUAAAAGGUGCAGAAGCUCGAUAAGUUUUGCUGGCGUGGUUUAUUUUAAUCGUCUUCGUAUUCAAAUCCUUAUGUAAAAAUUCUGUGCACCAACAGCUUGAUAGUAGCGAUUAUUAAAGAAUAAAACAAACCGUACACAAGAAUGAACGUGAAUGCAAACCAGAGACGAGGAUACCCCGUGGAAGUGUUUUGGAACGAGUGACCCACAAAAAGGAAGCAGGAGCAACAGAUUAAUAUUAGCUAAAUGAACUGCGACAAACUACUAAAGCGGCGGAUAUGAAAGUCUAACCGCAAAAAGGAUGAUAGAGAUAAAAACUAAGCAGCAAAGGCCGUAAGAGAAGAGUGUGGAGAGCGAGUUGUGCUUUUUCGUUCAGCCAAAACACAAGGGGGCCAAAGGACUGUUUCUCGCAUUUUUGCGGCCCCACAGGAAACUUUCGCAAGAGUUAUAAUAAAGAAGCAGAAA